UGGUGUGUGCGAGCGCGAGCGAGGGAGCGAUGACAUAAGAGCAGGAAAUGACAGUGCGUUCUCGUCUUUCAGGUGACUCAGGCAGCCGUGUGAUGUGAGGAGGGAGGGGGCGGUACCCGGAACACAUUAGUCUUCUCGUUCUCUCGGCCGAUACUGACGGAGGGUCGAAGCAGUCAGCAGAAGCCCCCUCACCCGCCAACAUGGCCACGUUUAUCUCGGUGCCGCUAAAGAAGUCGUCCGAAGUGGACCUGGUGAAGCCGCUGUCUAAGUUCAUCCAGAACACGUACCCGGCCGGGGAGGAGCAGGCCGAAUACUGCCGGGCGGUAGACGAGCUGAACAAGCUGAGGAAGAGCGCGGUGGGCAGGCCGCUAGAUAAACAUGAGAGCUCGCUGGAGACCGUCAUGCGUUACUACGACCAGCUGAGCUCCAUCGAGCCCAAGUUCCCGUUCUCUGAGGGCCAGCUGUGCCUCACCUUCACCUGGAAAGACGCCUUUGAUAAGGGCUCCCUGUUCGGCGGAUCUGUCAAGCUAGGCCUUGCCAGCCUGGGCUAUGAGAAGACCUGUGUCCUCUUCAACGUCGGGGCCCUGGCCAGCCAGAUCGCUUCUGAGCAGAACCUGGACAACGAUGAAGCCCUAAAGGCCGCCUCCAGGUACUACCAAGUGGCCAGCGGGGCCUUCGCCCACAUCAAAGACACUGUGCUGUCCGCCCUCAGCCGGGACCCCACCGUAGACAUCUCCCCAGACACCGUGGGCACCCUCAGCGUCAUCAUGCUGGCCCAGGCCCAGGAGGUCUUCUUCUUAAAGGCCACCCGAGACAAGAUGAAAGACGCCAUCAUCGCCAAACUGGCCAACCAGGCAGCCGACUUCUACGGUGAUGCCUACAAGCAGUGCCAGUACAAAGACGCUCUGCCCAAAGAGGUGUACCCGGUGCUGGCCGCCAAGCACUGCAUCAUGCAGGCCUACGCCGAGUACCACCAGUCCGUCAUGGCCAAACAGCAGAAGAAGUUCGGAGAGGAGAUCGGCAGGCUGCAGCACGCCGCCGACCUGGUCAAAACCGUCAAUUCCAGGUACGACGAAUACGUUAGCGUCAAAGAUCUGUCCGACAAAAUACAGCGCGCUCUCACCGCUGCGAAAAAAGACAACGACUUCAUUUACCACGACAGGGUGCCCGAUUUAAAAGACCUGGAGCCUGUGGGCAAAGCGGCACUGGUCAAGCCAACGCCUGUCGCAGUCCCUCUGAGUCAGAAGUACACCGAUCUCUUUGAAAAAAUGGUACCGCUAGCUGUCCAGCAGUCUUUGAGUAUAUAUAACCAGAGAAGGGGCGAUCUAAUCAACACCACCAUUGCCAGAAUGAGAGAUGCCACGACCUUGUGUAACGGCGUUCUUGCCUCUCUGAAUCUUCCGGCAGCCAUCGAAGAUAUGUCUGGUGACACUGUACCCCAAUCAAUUCUACAAAAGUCCAAAGCAGUCAUUGAGCAGGGUGGCAUUCAGACUAUUGACCAGCUGAUCAGAGACCUACCCGAGCUUCUGCAGAGAAAUAGAGAAAUUCUGGAUGAGUCGCUCAAGUUUUUGGAUGAAGAAGAAGUGACGGAUAAUGACUUAAAAUCCAAGUUCAAGGAAAGAUGGCAGAGAACACCUUCUACUGAGCUCUAUAAACCCCUGAGAGUCGAGGGCAGCAAUCUCCGUAACGUGUUGGACAAAGCCAUCAACGCUGACGCUGUUGUGAAAGAGCGCUACCAGUCUCAGAGAGAAGCCAUAGCCAUAUUAUGUAAGCCUGAAGCUGAGCUCAAUGCUGCCAUCCCAUCUGCAAACCCUGCAAAAACUAUGCAAGGCAGCGAAGUGGUGAACACCUUGAAGUCCUUGUUGGCCCAGCUGGAUGAGAUAAAGAAGGAAAGGGAGCAGCUUGAAAAUGACAUUAAAUCGGUCAACUUUGACAUGGCAACCAAAUUUCUCACCGCUCUGGCACAGGAUGGUGCCAUUAAUGAAGAGGCUUUAUCUGUGACCGAACUCGAUCGGAUCUACGGAGGCUACACUGACAGAGUACAGAGAAACCUGACUAAACAAGAGGAAAUAAUCAGCAAUAUCCAAGUUUCCCACCAGGAGUUUUCCAAAAUGAAACAAUCAAACGGCGAAGCUAAUCUGAGAGAAGAGGUCCUGAAGAAAUUGGCAGCAGGGCAUGACAGCUACGUGGAACUUGUUGCUAACCUGAGAGAAGGAACCAAGUUCUACAACGACCUUACAGAAAUUUUGCUGAAGUUCCAAGGCAAGUGCAGUGAUAUUGUUUUCGCCCGAAAGACUGAAAGAGAUGAGUUGCUGAAAGAUUUGCAGCAAAGCAUUGCCAGAGAGCCAAGUGCGCCAUCUAUGCCGGCAGUACCAAGUUAUCAAAAUGCUGCCUCUUCAACUCCUGUUGCUGCUGCUAUUGGUACAUCAAGUAUGCCAACUCCGGCACCAAGGACUGUCUAUCCUGCUAAACAACCUCCACCGCGUCCUCCUCCACCUUCAGCCCCCGCAAGUGUCCCUGUUAGUGCAGCACAGAAUGUUGCUCCUCCAUUCGCAAAUGCCCCAGCUCCAGUGCCCUCGCAGCCUGUUUCCGGCACCGUUCCAUCACAGGCACAGGGUCCCCCAUUUGCAACCUACCCCGGAUAUUCAGGGUAUUAUGGAAUGCCCAUGCCUGGCUAUAAUCCAUACAUGUAUGGCCAAACCAUGCCUCCUUAUCUAUACCAACCACAGUCAGGUCAGGCACCUUAUCCAACGCAGCAGGCUGGCUUCCCAAUGCAACAGCCACCUUAUUACCAGCCACCUCAGUAGGAAGCGUGGAGACCUAAAUGCUUGUAAACUGAAAGUCCCUUUCAGUUGCAGUAAGUGCACUGUGCAAUUAUAUCCAACUCCCCUAAUUUCUGGAUUUUCUGACCUGUUUGAGUUAAUCUUCUGAUUGCACUAAGCUGUUUUUGCCUGCCCAUUUGCAAAUGCGUGAUCAGAAUGCAAACCAACGUAGUUUUGCCUGGCAAAAAUGACCUCCUUGCACUGAUAAGGGGGUUCUUUGAUGAUGUGCAAAUCUCCCCAGUAACACUAUGCUCUUUCAAAUAUAAAAUGGGGUUGGGAGUUAUCUAUAUUUUUUUUUUUUCUUUUUCUCUGUUUUUACUUUUCAUUUUCUUUAUGGUUUAGUUAUUGUAUGCUAUUUUUGUCUAUUAAUCAAAAGCCUUGUAAAUCAUUAUAAUGAGAAAUAAAUCUAAAAAAGCACAGCAUUGUUUGCAGAUGCUAGUUUAA